AUGAGUAUGAAUAUUUUUCGUCUGGCAGGAGACAUGUGCCAUGUCUUUAGCAUCAUCGUGCUUUUACUACGGCUACGCGUGGCGAAAAAUGCGCAAGGUAUUUCGUUGCGAACAAACGAACUCUUUCUCUUGGUUUUUGUGACGCGCUAUCUCGAUCUUUUCUUCAACUUUUUUUCGAUUUACAACUCCGUCAUGAAGGUUCUUUACAUUGUUUCGACGGCGUCAAUUGUCUACACAAUUCGCUUUAAGGAACCGAUUAAAUCUACAUACGAGAAGUCCCAGGAUACGUUUCUGCACUGGAAGUUUGCUGUAGCGCCGUGCUUUGCGAUCGCUUUGAUUACUCAUUUGAUUGGUUCAAAACGAUUUGAUAUGGUCGAGCUGCUCUGGACUUUCUCGAUCUACCUAGAAUCCAUUGCUAUUCUUCCGCAGCUCAUAGUUUUGCAGCGAUACCGCGAGGUAGAAAACCUCACGGGGAACUAUAUCUUUUUCAUGGGAGCCUAUCGGGCACUUUACAUUGUCAACUGGAUUUAUCGAGCGCACACGGAGAAGGGUUAUAAACAUCACUGGGUUGUGUACUUUUGCGGAGUGGUUCAAACGCUUUUAUAUGCAGACUUUUUCUACUACUAUCUCAAGAGUAAAUCCAAAGGUGGCAAGUUCACGUUACCAACCAAGUCCACAAAUUAA